AGUUGAGUUUAGCUUUCCGAGGAGUUAAGCUCUCUUUUGUGUGGAGUUUCUCGCACCUCAAUUCUAUUCUUUGCAACUUUUAUCCACCUUCUGCCGGGGUGCUAUAUAUUUUUUUUGUGUACGCACCAAGAGUUUUGCGGGAAAAGUUGUGCUUUUAUUGAUUGUUUUUUUGGGGUGGAGGGAUAUUUAACUUACUCCCUCAUCAUCAGCAUUCAUGUGAAUUUUAUCAAGUUUGCGGGUGAGAACUUCCAUCCUGUUGUUACCAAAUGGUGGUGAUGAUGAAAAUAGUUUUGUACAAGUGCUCCAACUAUAUACAGACACACAUAUAUUAACGAAGCUAAAGCUCAGCUAAAGCCAAACUUUUGCCACUCCUCCAGUGCAGAACAAUCAACAAAAGGGGUGCCACAAAUUGUUUUCCACCAACAUUAAUUACUAUUGAUUGUGUUUUUCUUUUACUUGUGCUCCCUUCCUCGCAAUGAUUGCUCAUAACCCUUUCAUGACAAAGUGAUUUUGCAACAAAAAAAAAUCUUCUCCGUAUAUGUGCAUGAAAAACGUGAUUUUCGCAUGAAUGGACAUUUUUCUCAAGGAAAAUAAGUAAAGGAGCGACGAUUUAUUUCGCUGGUUUCGUGUUGUAUUACGUGCUGUCGAUUUGGAGAGAUAUAUAGUGUUACCUGUUGAGGGAUUUAAGGAGCAAACGCAGGGGGUAGCGGUGUGGGGGAGAAUCUCAUUCAACCUCGCAGUGCAUUUAGUGCGAUUCAAAUUGGAGAUUUGCAUUCCCAACGUGGUGGGUGACAGAAGGAAGAAGGAAAUAUAAAGAAAAGAAAGAUGCAUAGCAUUGAUUUGUGGUGGUGGAUUUCCAUUGGAAUCGUUGGGACGUGGGGUGGAAAUGUUGAGGGUAUAAAUGGGAAUUGCACAAAGUGCCAGGAAUUGCAUGGAAUUGAUUCCCACCCAUUGAAGGACCAUUCCCAGUCGCACAGAGAACUCAGCACUGAGCAUCUCAGUUGGAUAUCUCCACUGUAUGGCAUUAUCGAUGUAUCCCGUGAGCUUCGGGUGAAUAAUAAAUGCUACACGGAAUUGGAUACAAUUGGCAAUGCAUUGAAGCAGAGGCAGCUCUGGGCACUCAAAGUGUUGGAUGGGUCUGCUAGUUUCACAUCGGGCUUCACAAUUGGCAAUAGCCACUGGCUGGGUUCACGAGGAGCUUGUGAGGCAGCAAAGGACAUUCUGGGCGUGACUUUCGAUGAACGCUACACGCGUUCAAUGGAUCCUCAGCUCUUCACCACCCAAUCUCCCUUUUCCGUUGAUUAUCGUGUCGUCUACGCCACCCACACAUCACCACUUCAGUUUGAGAUGAAAUUUCUUGCAGAGAAAAUUCUACAUAUUGGCUUAUGUGUUCCGACAUCGUGCACAAAUGCAGACAUCUGGAAUAUCACACAAUUGUACUUGGACGGAGGGAUUUUUCAAUAUCACGACAUUUUUCACAUUGACAGUGUCAAAGUGGUGCAAGUAAAGAGUCUCACAUUGGCAAAUGGUUUUCAUGAGAAGACCAGCGUAAGGAUUCUCUGCGCAUUGGUACUUUUUACCACCCUAAUGACGCUGCUAUCGUGGCGUGGCGAUAGAGUUGGGAAAAUUGACCAGAAAAAUAAUAAUGGGCACGUUGUGGAUCAAAAUGAGCAGCUGGAAGUGGAGGGGAAAGCAAGUGGAAAUGGUGCAGUCGUGGACAAUGGUUCAAAUUCAAUAAUAGAGAAGACGGAAAUUGCGCUACAUCAAAAGAUUGUCAAUUGCUUCUCACUGGAGGGGAAUGUAAGGCAGCUGGUGAGCACAAAAGCACCCACCGAUGCGAUUUCCGUCAUCAAUGGCAUCAGAUCAAUUGUUUGCUUCUGGAUUCUCUCCUUUCACAUGUACUGGUUUCAACAUUUCACAGUCAGCAAUACAGCCACGCUCUUUGCCACUGGGGAACGUCCCUACUUUCUACUGAUCAGCAAUGCACCUCUUCUCGUUGAUGUAUUCUUCACUAUUAGUGGAUUCCUUCAUACGUACAAUUUUUUGGGAAAUCGGACAAAACUCGAAGAGGUGAAACGGAAUAAUUUUGUGCAGAAUGCAAAAUUAUUCGGAAGGAUGGUACUCAAUCGCUACAUUAGACUAUCCCCUUUGUAUUUUGUGGUGUGCCUCUUUGGUGAGAUGAUCACAGCAUAUCUUAUGGAUGUUUCGCAAUUUUGGAUACACGAACGAUACGAUUUGACUUGCCAGAGAUACUGGUGGCGAAACGUGCUGUACAUACACAAUCUCUUCGACAAGGAUGAACUGUGCAUGAAUUGGGGUUGGUCAAUAGCAUGUGAAAUGCAAUACUUCAUCAUCUUCAGCUUAAUGCUAUUCAUCUAUGCCAAGAAUCCUCAGCUGUCCAAGAAGAUUUUCAUUGCUUUCACCAGUGGAAUUAUCAUCAUCUCCCUUGUCAGCCAUUGGCGCCAUAGAUUCCAAUGCUCCUUUGAUGUGAUUUACAACACUGGCACUGAGCUCUACAUGGCGCCAUGGAAUCGAAUUCAUCCCUAUAUAUCGGGGAUACUUGCUGGAUGGUAUCUAAUUUCCCGCGACGGAAAACUCAAUAUAAGCCAGAAAACAGUUCGGACUCUGAAUGGCCUCUCAAUUUUCUUCUUCCUCCUCAGCAUGCAUUCAACUAUUGUCCGUAGUGUAGCCUACCCAUGGGCAUCGGUUCUCAUAACAAUGGGACGCUUUGCCUUUGGUCUAACAAUCACGUGGUUGAUUCUCUGCAGCAAAUGUGGCUUUGGUGGAUGGUUCACCGACUUCCUGAGUGCUAGGCCCUUUGUGCAUAUUAACAAAUUAUCAUAUGGCGUAUAUCUCCUCAAUCCACUCAUUAUCACCACAAUUCAUGGGCUCCGCGAUGGCAGCAGCCACUUCUCACCUGUAAUCAGUUGGGUUAUGACGGUUGGAAUGAUGAUUAUCGUUUAUUGUGUGGCUUUCGUGUUCACACUUUUCUUUGAGAUUCCCUACCACAAUCUUGGGGCACUUCUACUGCGGCCCUCACAGCGGACAGAGCGGAAAAUUAAAUGCAAAUAGAUUUGUGUUUGUAUUAAAUUGAAAUAAAUACUUAUUUAUUAAAAAAAAAAA